AUGCGAGUAGGUCACAUCUCCACUGCUCUAGGCACACUUCUCCCCCGAGGGGUCGCUAACGAUGUGCAUUGUUCAGUGACAGACGCUUUUGCGGAGAGAAAGCAAACUACAAAGGAACUUAUACAAUCCAACCUUGAUUUGCUUGGCUACAUUGCCCAGCAAUUCGACGAACGGGCGGAUAAUGUCCAGCCAGAUUUCCAACUCUCAACCGAGAUGGACGCGCUUCAGCAUAGCUUGACCGAGAUAACAAAGGAGUUGCGCAAGUCCUUGCAGAGUAUGCAAGCGGGCUUUCAACGCGUGCUCGCUCCUGUCUGCCGCAUCAACUCCCUGCCCGUUGAGCUAAUGCAGGACAUCCUCUACGACGCAAACGACGGCGAGUGCAAAUACGACACACGCGGCGUAAUCACAGUCGGUACGCCCACACGUGCGGUCGAAUUCACCCACGUCUCUCGCUGGUGGUGUGGGAUCGUCUCGGGCAUGCCUUCCCUGUGGAAGGAUGUUGCCUUCUCACUCACAACAAUAAAGGAGUGCAAAGCCAGAGAGAUGUGGUCGGUUAUUGCUCCACGCACCCGACAGAGUCCUGCCACGAUCAGGAUCCAGCAUGCGGAUUCUGGUCGGCUCACUCUUGCGGUAUGCAGCCUCAAGGACAUGGAAUCCAUCGAGAAACUCGCACUGCAUGUCGGAGUGAUACGUGGGCUGGGGGACGUGAGGCUAGGUAUCGCGCUCUCCAAGCUAGCCUCGCUCACGGAGAUCACUCUGAAGGAUCUAGGUGAGGUUCCUCUCAUAGAUAUCAUGAGAGAGGUCAAAGUACUUUGCAAUUUGAUUUGCGUGAGGAUCAACGUCAAGUGGGAGGCGCCGACUCAGUCAUUCGAAUCUGGCUUGAAGAGGCUUGCGCUCGUAGCCUUGUGGGAUUAUAGCUGGCUCCUCUGCAUUACAUUCCCCGGACUCGAGAUUAUCGAGCUCACGCAGACACCGUCUAUGACAUUCCUUCCUUUUGUCUCAAAACUCCGCAGACUCAGGAGUCUCAAUUGCGACAUCAAGCAAGAGGAGACGGUCCUCGAAAUAAACCAGAAUUUCCACCAACUAGAGCGUCUAGUCCUUCACGCUGACAUUGUAAUGCCCCUCUGCAACCCGGGGGCGUACGGUUUGGCCAAACCCGCGUUUUCAAGUAUUUCUACCCUCGAACUGUGGCUCGAUAAUCUCUCAAUCGUUUCGUUCACUCGACUUAUCCGGGGUCGCUGUCUCCCAAGGGGUCACCCAUGGUCUCUUCUCCCAAAGGAAACGUCCCAGAUCACUACCUUCAGGCUCUACUGGAAGGACUAUCCGGGUAACCAGGUUGAGCAAGUGGUUUGGAGCAGCGAACUCCUUGCUCUCGCUAGACGUGAACAGGACAGAAUCGAGGCGUACGAUGGGACCUAUAUCCGCCUCAAGCUCGAAUGGAUGAAGGAGCCGGUCACCGUACCGGACUAUACCAAUUGGUUGUCCGACAUUUAUAUGUCGACAGCCAAGUUCUAUAAAGCAUAG